AUGGCCUUGUCGUCGCUGCUUCUCAAUGUGGCCAUAGGCCUUCUCAUGGUCGUCUCCAUCAUCGAACUCUCCCUGGUCUCUGCUACCGUUGGCUUCCUCUCGCAACGAGCCAAAGGGACUUUCGACAUCAAGACUGGCGAUUCAACCUUUCCCAUCUCCGGCGAACCUGCAAAACUCAUCGUCGACCAAGGACAUACCAGCAACGGUGCUUCAGGGACGGCCUUUAUUGUUAUCGGCUGCUCUCUCUUGUUGACAUUGGGCGCCCUGGCUUUUACCUUCGCCGUGGCCAACGCUCACGACGGGCAGAGGAUCGAUCUCUCGGUGGCCGAGGGCCUCAAUGGCAAGGCGUACUCAUCUGAGACGUGGACACCACAGAGCUGGUUCGACGCUUUGUUGAAGCUGGACCUUGCAAGCCAUACCGACAGGAACGACAUUCAGCGAAUUCACAGAAUCGCCAGGGGAUGGCAAUAUAAUCUAAUCCCAUUCUUCAUUGUGCAGCUCGCACAGACCGUCCUAGCUUACCUGGAAGCUGUGAGGAAGAGGAAGAUUGACAAGCAGUACACUUAUGGCGGUUACAAGAAUAGUGUUGGGUAUAGUGGGAAGUGA